GCCCCCACCAUCAGCAACACCUCACCAAUUCGAUUGUCAUCACUUAGGCAUGGCUUUUGAUUUUCAUCGCCCUCGGAACGCCAAAAGGCGCAGCUGUGAAUCCUACGAUGACACAGCCCCAUAAUUGCCUGAACGCGUAAAAACCGGUCAUAUCUUGUUACACAUGACUUGGUUGAUUGUAUUUGCCUGGAAACCCAACAUUCUGCGAAGUUUGUUAUGAAUAGGUACUGAUUCCGUCCAGAUGCUGUGCUACGUGGUAACUUGGAGACGGUUUCCAAAGGCUAUCGAACCCUUCAUCAUAAAACUUGGUUAUCGUAUACAUCUACCUUCAUUGUUCACGAGAACUGUCCGAAAAUACGUUACAAUUCUUUUCGCCUUAACAUUUUGCCUUACCAAUACUUCUACUCAUUCUUUGUAGGAUGGCAGAGAACAAAUUAUUGCAGUUGAAAGGUGCGAUGAGCGCAACAAUAUGGUACAAAGGCAAUUCCAAUAAUAGGUUUACAUCACGGCAACGUUUGAUUGAGUUCUGGAGAGAUCACGAUUUUCACGGUUGUUGUCGACUUCAGUAUCUGUUUGACUCACUCGUGGGUAACAUACUGCCAACAAUGAUCGAUACGAUCGAAAAAAACAUGAUAACAGUCGUUUCUAUCCUUCUGUACAUAGGUUUCCACGAUUGGCCAAGAUUUGUUGUGCAUUAUUUCGACAAUGGAAGCUGGAGAGAGAACGAUACCAGAACUCAUUGGAAAGAUAAAGGCCUUCCAUUCCAAGAAACCACAGGGCCGGAGUAUUUGUCAAAGUCAGAAUGGGACGAUUUCAAGGAACGUCAGAAUAACUUUAAACCUAUUAUCAUAAGGGAGGGCUGUGUGGAGAAGUAUGACGUUCCUCGACAGCUACCCUUCGAAUGCUUGAAGACUCAUCUCAAGCCUUCCAAAGGUGGUCAAGGGAGCGUAGAGACUGUUAAAAUCCCCUUGGGCCUUCUUGAAGCGGCUUAUGGGCCAAAGGCAUACUCUAACAAAGAAGGACACAUUGUUGCUUGUAAGACGUUCAAAAGAAGACCUGAUUCCGAGACCGAGACGCAGAUCUUGAAUUUACUGGCGAGCAAUCGAAAAAAACAUGAGAACAUUGCAUAUCAUCUCGCUGGAGCAGAUGUCAAUGGCAAACUUUAUGUACUCUUCGAGAGGGCGCAGUGCGAUUUGGCAGACUUUAUGGUUGAAGAUCGACCUACGAACGCAACGACACACAUUUCUUCCUAUCUUUGGGAAAUGUACUGGCUCACCGAUGCUCUAGACUUCGUUCAUGAAGGUGCAAGUCGCCAUCGGGGCACCAGCGAGGAACAGCUUGCGCUCUGCCACAUGGAUAUCAAGCCCAACAACAUCUUGGUAUAUUCAACGCUUAAUCCUGAUCAACCUGCCGGAGUUUGGAAAUUGGCCGAUUUUGGCAUCUCCAAGGAGCGAACGCUUCGGCGCGAGAAAGACGGAACAACGAUUCGCACAAAGUCGAUGCAAUAUGCUGGACCAUUUCAACCGCCAGAAGUGUGCGAGUGCGAACCAGACGGUUCAAGAUUCAAGGUUGGCAGGAAGGGUGACAUUUGGUCAUUGGGUUGCGUGUUGGUUCAGGUUCUAGUCUACGCGCUUGGGGGUCGCAAAGAGGUUUCGAAGCUGAACGAUUUGCGCGCCACACAUGAAGAUGGAGAGAGCGAAUUUCGAGACGAUUAUUUCUACCGCUUCUAUCCAGAAAGUAAAAGCGCUUUCCUAGGGAAGGUGAAUCCGCACGUGACGAAUUGGUUAAAAACCAUGCACGCAACUGCAGAACUUCCGCAAGGGGCCAAGGAGAAGUUGAAGAUGUUAGUGGAAAGUAUGUUAAAGAUCCGUGCCAAAAACAGAUGGGACGCUUCGAAAGUGCUGGAUGAAAUACAUACCAUCAUCGGCUUGCUGCCUGAGGAUACGGACUCAAACAUACUCCAGAAUUCAUCGGAGCAGGAUGAGUCGGGAAUGAGUAAAGAAGCCAGCACUGCACCAGCGGAAUCCGAAAGCAUACGCAGCUUGCCAGACACUCUGGUCCUGGGAAGCUACCACCAGGCUUCAAGCUUCACUUUUGGGGCAGUACACGUGCCAGACAAUUUCUAUGCUCCCUCCAUCGAUCCCAAUACCUCAAGAAGGCUGAAGGACUGGUGGUGCGGCGAAACCACCCGUGUUCUCACCCUGAGUCAAAACCACCAUGAAAAAGCACUUCUAGAAGGUGUCGCCAGAGGAAUACUGUCUCUGGAGAACAUGCCAGAUGUCAGGAACACUUUGAAGAUAGUGUCUUGCGAUUGCUCUGCACUUCCGAGAAGUUCGUUGUCAUCUCGUCAAGUCAUAGAUGCUAUACUUGAGAUCGUCAGGCCUGCUCUUCAGGCUACUGUUCCGUCACGACCCGCUCAAUACGAGCUUUCUGGAGAUAGGAAAACGAAUUCUCCCUCAAACCCUCGCCUUGUCAUUGUGGUGUCCUGCCUAGAUGACGUGGGUAGUCUGGUGAAGGACGUCAAGGAAGCUCUUCAAGAUUAUACCAUGGGUGCGAGUGCACAGCUGGGCCGAAGUAUCCGCAUUCUGGUUACAUAUGUGACACGUCAGAGUAACACUGAUCAGGUCAGCCAUGGAAAGGGCAACCUUGUACAAAGCCUUCUGCUAUGAGGAACCGUAAUAUCAUGUAUCUAUAUGAUCACAAUGUUGUUAGUAGCGAGCUCGCCUCCAAAAGUCGCUCAUCCCGAACAUGUUCGAUCACUAGAGUAAGGAGGAAAAGCACAG